AUGGGAUCCGAACAACCCACCAGCUCCGGAGGAGUCUUUUGCUCUCUCGAGGCCUUUCUCGAGGACAACUUCGACUACGUCGUCGUGGGUGGCGGAACUGCCGGCUUGGUCGUGGCAGCCCGGUUGAGCGAGGACCCCAGUGUGCGCGUGGGACUCCUUGAAGCCGGCCAGAACCGUCUCGGGGAUCCUCUAGUAGAGACCCCAGGCACGCUCGCGUUUCUUCUGCGGAAUCCGGAGUAUGCCUGGGACUUUACGACACUACCUCAGGAAGCCAACAAGAACAAAACCCAUCAUGUAACGCGCGGCAAAGUCCUCGGGGGAUCCAGCGCGAUCAAUUUCAUGGCGUACGGCUAUCCCUCAGCUCGCGAUCUGGACGACUUGAAAGAGUUGGGCAUCUCGUCGGGCUGGUCGUGGGACGAGAUGGCGCCAUACUACCGCAAAGUCGAGCACUAUGAUCCUCCAACGAGGCCAGAACCAGACAUCUACCCCAUCGAUGGGGCGAAUCAUGGCACGCAGGGCGCGAUCCACACCUCGUACGCGACCACGAGAUUCCCCGCCGAGGACGCCCUUCUCGAAGCGCUGAAGGAGACGUCCGGCCUCACGCUGGCCACGGAACCGUACUACUCGGGCGAACACCAGGGCUGGUACGGAGGUCUGAGCACGAUUGACCGCAGCAGCGUCAACAGGGGGACACGCAGCUACGCAGCCACGGGGUACGUUGCGCCGACGCUCCUUAAUCAGCGGCCAAACCUCAAAAUCUUGACCGAAGCCACGGCCACCAAAGUCAUCCUCGUCGACGACGACGACGACGACUCCUCCAGAACUGCUGCUGUUGCUGCUCGAGGGGUGGCUUUUGCGCACGGCGGCAGGCGAGACCGGUUGCACACCGUCCAUGUCAGAGCGGAGGUCAUCCUCAGUGCUGGCACCAUCCAAACACCGCAACUGCUGGAGCUCUCGGGGAUAGGGGAUCCGUCGAUCCUCCGUGCCGCAGGGAUUGAACCACGAGUUGAAAACCCACAUGUCGGCUCCAAUGCCCAGGAGCAGAUCAUGACCAACGUGAGCUACGAGCUCGCGGACGGCGAAACCAGCCUGGAUAGCAUCUACCUCGAUCCUGCAUUCCUUCCGGCCCAACAGCGCCUCUACGCAGAGUCGCGUGAAGGGGUUCUGGCCAACGCGCCGGGCUUGAAUGGCUUCACAUCCUACAGCUCGCUCGUGGACGCUAGCACACUCGCACGGACCGUCUACUCUCUCCUCACCUCUCCUCCUCCUCCUGCUGCUGCUCCCUCUUCGGCGUCUUCGUCGGCACAGCAGCCGUCACCAAAACUCGACAGCCCACAAGCCGCGAUACUGGCUUCACGUCUGGCCUCGCCCAGCACCUCGGCGAUCCAGUACGUCGUCAUCCCGGCCUACUGCGACACGCUCAACACGCACGCCGACAUGUCCAAGUUCAUGCCUGGGCCCCCACCUUCCGACCCUCCCAGAAACCCAUGCAUCUCACUCCAAGUCGUCCUAAUGUACCCAUGCUCACGGGGCUCCGUCCACAUCACCUCCGCCGACCCCUUGGCCCCACCCGGAAUCGACUUCGCGCUGCUCUCUCACCCAGCCGACGUCGACGUCCUAGCCGCAGGACUCGCCUUUGCAGAUCGCGCUUUCCGCUCCCCGCACAUCACAUCCCGGGUGAAAAGCCGCCUGUACCCUCCUGAAGGUGUCGAUGUGCAGGAUCUGAACACCGCCAGGGACACCGUGCGCGAGGCCGUCACGCUGAUCAAUCAUCCCGUGGGAACCUGUGCGCUGGGCAAAGUGGUCGACGAGCGGUUGCGAGUCAUCGGCGUCAAAGGUCUAAGAGUCGUUGAUGCGAGCGUGCUGCCCAUGGAGCUUAGUGCCUUUCCCAUGGCCACGGUCUAUGCCAUCGGGGAAAAGGGGGCCGUUAUGAUCAACGAGGACCGUGUCGUUGCCCGCAGCCGCAUAGGAUGA